UGUUGCGAUCGAUCAGAAAACAAAGAAGAAACCCGCUUUCACAUGUUAGCGUGUUGUUGAAAUGAAGGUGUAAGCUUGCUUUACAGUUUUUAGUUUUGUAAAAAAGCAUUAUAAGUUCUGAAGAAGACCAUUUUAUAAUGGCGUUUGUACGCUGUUUUUAGUCUUGAUGUAUUAAAAAAGAUAAGGGUAAAGUGUAUCCAGAUACAUUUCUGUAGUUUUUUAUUAGCACACAAAUUACAAAAUCUGUAACGUGGAUGACAAAAUCUUUUCUGCAUUCCAUUUCUACAAUUUGCUCUCCAGAUUAUGGAUUCUGAAGACCAUAAUAAUAAGGACAAUGCAGGACAAAGGCUGUCAAAUAACUGGAGUGUUUGUCUUGAUGGCAAUAUGCACUGUAUGUUAUUCUGGGACAGAAGUUUGACUUCACUGAACUAAACAUGAAGAACAUAGAAAAUGGUGGUGUGCCAUCUUGCUUGAAAAUUAAACAUGGGAGAAAGAGAAAAUGAGCUGUUGUAGCUGAAGAAGAAGAAGAAUGCUCUGCACUCCCUGAAACCUAGGGGAAGAAAAAAACUGAACUUGCAUAUGAAAGUAAGAACUUUGCUAUAAAACAAAAUACAUAUACUUUGCUGGGUUUCAAAUUAUGUAACUAUAAUUCAUUUCAGCAGACCAAACCCCAGUUGUGCCCUCUGUUUUGCAUAAUCAAUUGCAAUGAUGAUUUAAAAUGUGUAUCAUAGAACAAUUUUAAUCCACUUAUAUUUUUCUUUAAGGAUAAACUGUUAAAAGAUGAUGACCGUCCAUCAUGCUUCAUCUUCAAGGUAGUGGAAUGUUAUAUAAUGUGCUUUUUAAAAAAAAUUUAACGGCCUGUGCUAACUUUUCAGUUAUCAGGAGCGUUGCUGAAGAACAUACUGCUUGAAGUUGUUCUUCAAGAAGAAGAUGCUGCCUACAUGACCCUGUCAUUGGCUUGCUCAAGGUUCAGGGACAUAGUUGGGGAUGACAAGUUCAAGAAUCAGGCACACUUCUUAUGGCUAGAAAGUGUUACAUGCUGGAAAAAAGUCAUCUCACUACAAACAGCUCUUCUGGAAGAUGUACUCAUUCUCCACGUGUUUGCUGCACACCUGGUUAUGCUGGGAAGGGAAAGCGAUGUGAGCCCCAGGGCAUUUAUUCAAAAACCUUCCACCCUGGAUUUUGCAGAUUUGACUGCAUGCAGAUCAGUUCUAAUGAGCUGAUAUAGUUUCCUUACAAAGACUAAAAAUAAUAAAAUAAACACCUUUGCAAUCAAUUCUGAGUGACUUGUACAUGAUUUUAUUCAUUGAAAAAAUAAUUUAAAUGUAAUAUAUGUGUAACACAUUCAGAAAAACAUUAGUCUGCUAUUUAAAAAAAAAAAAUGCAGUUAAGAUGGAUGGUAACUUUAUUUUACAUAUUCACUUAACUAAGUCCAGUUGCAUCACAUUUUAAUAUGUUCAUUUACUUGAUAUUGUAGAAUAUGGAGCUUCAGAAAUGUGCUUGAAUAAGGCCUACAGCCUGAUGCAUUUAAAACGCCAUAAGUGUAAAAAAGGUGUAAAAACGUGACCUCAUCAUUGACAGUGAGUGGUAUUGGACACACACAAUAAUAACAAAGCUGUAAGAAAUCAGACCAUGAUGAGGAACGUGAUAUUUGAUCGUUUAUUUUCAUUACUGUCGCUACUUCCUGUCAUUCUCAUUCACCGCCGUCCCAUUUGCGGCGUAAACUCCUCCUACUUGCACAUUUCUGAAAUCCCUCCCACUUGCGGAGUUAGCUCCUCCCACUUGCGGCGUAAGCUCCUCCCACUUGCAGUCUCCGGGCUGCAGCGAUACAUACAUGCUUUUGCCUGCAGUUGUGCAGCUAGCUAUCCCUGUCAGACCCGGUCGCCUAGUAACCGCUGUAAACACAGGAAAUACAAUUUGGAUGAAUGCAGCGUCUUUGACGAAACAUACGGAGCCUAGCAGGUGAUUUGGAUAGUCAAACAUACAAGUAUCAUAAAUAUAUUUCAUAAUGGUGAAACAAACGAUUCAAAUCUUCGCCCGCGUAAAACCGACAAAGAAACCCAAAGCGGUGUACUCUGUGGACUGUGGGGAACAGGGUAGCAGUUUGGAUUUUGUAGUUCCCAGAGACUUGGCUGAUGGUUUUGUCAACAACAGCAAGGAGAACUACAAAUUCAGGUUCCAAAGGGUUUUCGACCAAAUAGUCAAUCAAGAAGAAAUCUUUCAAGCUGUUGCGAAGCCUGUUGCUGAUAAGGAAAAGAAUUGUGCGAGCACUUCCGGCAUUCUGCAGCAUUCAGCAGAAAGAGGAUUAACUCUCUGCCGGAGGAAAUACCAUACCUGUAGAUGGUGUGUUUCAUGUAGGCUGUACUGAUGACAGUAUGCUGCCCUCCAAAGGCUAA